AUGUCGCCACCAGUGCAACGCCAAGUCCGAUUCAAUAUUCCAAUGGAUACCGAUGAGGAAUCUCAAUACAAUGGUGAAUCUAGAUCACCGACAUCCAAUGCCGCUGUGGGUAACACAGCAUUCUAUUUUGGCUUUGGUGCGCCACCGCCACCGCCACUGCCACCGCCGAGGUUUAACUUCGGCAUGGACAUCCCCAUGUCAGCGGUGGAAUCCGCAUCUCCCACAAUGCAGCAGCCAUUGAAUGUGGGAUUUCAACUUCCCAUCCAAGUGAAAACUCCACUGCCAUCCUCCACUCACCAGCCAUUCAAUUUGGGGUUUCAGCUCCCACCUCCCUCCACCCUGGCCCAAGCAGCACUACCUGCUGGUCCAGUCCAACAGCUGUUUAAUUUGGGCUUUCAGCUCACCGCUUCCCCCACCCCGCCCCAAGCAGAACUACCUGCCGGCCCAGUCCAACAGCCAUUUAACCUUGGCUUUCAACUCCCCAUCCCCAUAAACCAACCACCGGCAGCAGCAAAUGCUGCUCCGGCAUUUAACUUGGGGUUCGAUCUCCCCGUCCCGGUGACCCAGACACCAGAGGAAGAAUCUGCUGCCAUGGUGCCGGCAGUACAAACCACAGUCCGGCAUGUGGGCUAUGCCACCAACAACAGAUUGUUCCAGUUCAACUGUGAGCCUCUCUCACCCAUAGGAGAUUGGAAUCUGGUGCUGAUCCAAGCACCAUCGCCGAUUCACUCCGAUGGCCCAUCUGCUACCAUGCAGCCGGCACCUGUUGCACUGCAUGUGAGGCCAAAAUUGGCAUCUUUAGUUGGCGAUGCCAAGCAAGCGGCAAUCGACACUGUCAGAUGCCUCCAAGGAGAGGAAUUUGAUCAAGUGGCAGCGAUGAUGGUCGGCGGGUCCUUAGGUGUCAGCGAGAGCAUCCAGGACCCUAAGCCCGACGAGGUCUUGGACAGCAACCGGAUUCUGAUGUCGGCAUUCUGCGAAAACCGAGACAGGCUGACCAGGAUCUUCAAAGACAUGAUUAGCUUGCAUCAUAUGGCACAGGUCCAGGAUCAGGUCGCCCCAAUGGUGACCGCCCUAUUGGCUGAGGUGGAGAGAGCAGAGGAAUUGAUUUCCGACUCUGAUGAGUAG